AAUCCGUUCGGUGCUGUCAAUUGGCCUAAGGCUCACCGUGGUUCGCGUGUUGGCAGUUGCUUUGCUUGUGGUAGUUUCGGCCAUUUCAGGAAUCAGUGCCCCGUCCUUCAGGCGCAGUUUUCAGCUAGCCAACCUGGGAAACGUACGUGAUGGACUGGGAUGUUGGUGCACUCGUCGAGGACACAGAUAAGUUAAGGAACUUUGUUGAAGAUGAUUUUGACUUUUUUGAAUAUGUCGUAGUUCUACUAUCGUUGUAGCCCGUAGGCUAAAAUCUCAUAUUCAGUUUUGGCGUUCUAUAGGUGCCAGUCAAUUUAUUCUAGAUGUUAUCGAGCAUGGUUAUCGUAUUCCUUUCCACUCUACACCCCCUGUUAGUUUUUCUAAUAAUAAUACGUCAGCUUUGGCCCAUUCUGAUUUUGUUAACGAAGCUAUUUCCGAAUUGUUGGUUACCAAUGGCAUUUUUGAAUCGGAGGUCCUGCCCCAUAACGUCAACCCUCUUUCCGUUUCUAUUCAGUCAUCUGGGAAAAAGAGGUUGAUCUUGGAUCUUAGGUUUGUAAAUAAGCAUGUCUGGAAGCAAAAGGUCAAGUUUGAGGAUCUUAAGGUGUUUCGAUACAGUUUUUCAGCGGCGAUACCGAUAUUUUUCAAUCGCCUUAAAAGUGGUUUUUUCCUUGUCCGAUCGCUAUAAAAUUUUCACCAGUAAUUGCUUAUGGACUGAAAUAUGUGAAAAUGUAGUUUUAAAUAAAAUCGAUAUUACUAUGACAACAAUAAACAAAAAACUUUGAAAUUGAUAAAAGCCGAAUUUUGUGUGAUCUAGACCUGCUACUGAAAAUCCAACACUAGGAACUUAAAGUUUGGUGUUUAGCAAACAAUCUCCGUAAGAAGUAAAAAAUUCUGUAUGUUUGAAUUCGACUAAAACGAAAAAAUAUUUCAAACCUUAAACUUUCAAUAGCCGUGAUAGGUUAUUUAAUAAAAAUGUUACAAAUGACUCAAAUUAUUCUUAAGUAGCAUAAGAAUGAUGCUUAAUAUCAUAUUUUGAUGCUAGGAAAUUUUGGUGCACUUUCGUUCAUGCGAUCUUGAAAUCUAACCCGUUUUCUCACCAUCUGUAUAAGUGUAACUUCAUUCAGAAUUAGGACUUUUAGCGCUUUCUUGUAUAUCUCCAAAACGACUCGAACAAAUUUUUUUAAAAUCUCUUCACAUAAUCUUCAUAAUGUAUACAAAAAUGUCUGAAACUUUUAUUAAGAUUGAUUCACUGCAACACCUUGAAAUUUCAGGACAAACUUAUCCUACGAACCGGUCAAAAAUCUGCGUUACAACAUUCACUGUUUUGACGUUAUGCUAAUUUUUCCAAAAUAAUGCGCACUAUACAUACCUCCAGGGGAGGGGCCUUCAUAUCAGGUUGCUUUAGCCCAUUCCACCAGGGUUAAGACUGAUUUGGUUCGUUCUGGCUUUGUACCCAACCUCGAGAAAUCUGUUUGGGUUCCUACAUCAGUCCUUGAUUGGUUGGGUUUCACCGUUGAUCUUUUUCAGGGUUUGCUUUUUGUUCCGGGGAUAAAGCUCAAGCGGGUUGUUUCUGAUAUUGAUUCCCUUUUAGAGGCUAAUUGUUGCACCGCCAGGGAACUGUCCGCUCUUGCUGGUCGUAUUAAUUCUUUUCAACUAGCUGUAGGAAAUCUUACUACAUUGCUGACAAAGUUUAUUCAUAUGUCCAUCGUCCUUCAGCCUAGUUGGGACUCUUGGUUUCCUUUGUCCGAUUCUGUUAAAGAAGAGCUUUUUUUCUGGAAAGAGAACGUUCGGUGUUUGAAUGGGAGGCCCAUUGGGCGUCACUUUUCAUGUUCUCGUUCCAUUGUUUAUUCAGAUGCUAGUGACCUAGGGGUUGGCGGUGUUGUUAAGACCACCAGGGUGUUAUUUGUCAUCUUCCGUGGACUGCUAAUGAAAUGUUUCGCAGCUCCACGUGGCGUGAGCUUAAGGCAGUCUAUAUUUGUCUCUCUAGUUUUUCCGUAGUUUUGUCAGGGCGCGCAGUUCAAUGGUUCACGGAUAACCGCAACAUUCCGUCCAUUAUUCGCAACGGGAGUAUGAAGCGGGAUUUGCACGAAAUUUUCCUCUCUAUUUUUCAACUGGUUUUGCGAAAUGGUAUUGAUUUGCAGGUGGACUGGAUUCCUAGGUCUCUCAAUGAGCACGCGGAUGCCAUAAGUAGGAUCGUUGAUUUUGAUGACUGGGGUGUUUCGUUUGGAUUUUUCCACCAUGUAGACAACAUUUGGGGUCCACAUUCCGUAGAUCGUUUUGCCCAUUCCCAUAACCGCAAAUUACCCAGAUUCUUUUCCCGUUUCUGGAAUCCUGACUCGGAGGGGGUGGAUGCCUUUUGUUUUGACUGGGCGGGGGAGAAUAACUGGCUUGUUCCCCGGGUUAUUAGGCAUUUGUUUGUAUGUAGGUCUAUGGGCACUCUUAUUGUCCCAAAGUGGGUCUCAACUCCAUUUUGGCCCAUGCUCUUUGGUCCCCAUUCCUCCUUUUCCGUUUGCGUUAAAGAGACCAUUGUAUUUACCAAUGUUUCUAAUAUUUUUGUUCGGGGCUCUUCAGAGUCUAUUUUUGAUGGCCCUAAAUUUAAGUCUCAUGUAUUAGCCGUUUGUUUGUCGGCUUGUUAGAUUUGUUCUUCUAGGCUUAGUUUCCUUUCCGCAGUUACGUGUAGUUACCUUGUUUAGAAUAUAUUAAAGUGUGGUUUAUUAUUUUGAGUGAUUUGUUCUGUUUUUUCUUUUGCCUCGGUGGCAUUUAUGCGGGUCUCGGUGACCUUGUUUGUACCUUCACUGAUCCCGACGGGUCGUACCGUUACAUUUUUGUGUGACCUCGGUCAGUUUUUAAUCCUUCCAGGUCCCCCAUAUAUAUGGUCGAGUGCGCCUCGGUGGUCACUCUCUUGUUUCCUUAUGUACCUGUGUGAUAGUUGUAUCUACAUAUUACGCGCGUUUCCUUUUACCACUCCUUUUUUUCUCGUCCAUCUUUCCUUUUUUAAGUCCUUAGAUUGAAUCCAUAUGGUCUUCUGUUUCUUCUGUAUUUUCAGAUGUUUUCGCUAGCCCUAUGUGGGCUGAGCUUAACGAUGUCAAAGCUCCCUCCCUACGCUGCUUAGCAGAAAAGCUACCGGAGAUAGUCCUUGGUUCCAGGGCAGAUUCCACUACUCUCACCUACCUCAACGGUUUUAAGCGAUGGCGUGCUUGGGCCAACAGAUUUCCCGAGGUCGCAGUGCUACCUGCUACUCCGGCUUAUGUUUCUUUAUACCUGCUCAGUGUUCUCCAGGGUUCUAGUUCUCCUGCGCCGGCCCAGAACGCCUUCUAUAGCAUUCGCUGGGCUCAUGAAAUUGCUGGUUUCGACUCUCCUACCGAUCAUACACUUCCCCAGAAGGUCGUGGAGUCCGCUAAGAGAAGGCUAUUACACCUUACUUCCAAAAAGCUCCCCAUUAUACCCGAAAUUUUACAAAAGUUGUUUCACAGUCUCGAUGGAUCUUUGGUGGACACAAGAUUCAUGGCCAUGGCGUUAUUGGCCUUUGCGGGGUUCUUAAGAUUUGAUGAAUUGGCUAAUCUGAAGCUUAAGGAUUUAGCUCUGCAUGACACUCAUUUUGAACUUUUUAUAGAAAGCAGUAAAACUGAUCAAUAUCGCGAGGGCUCUAUUGUCCCCAUUGUCAAGUCUGGCACGGAUCUUUGCCCCUGGGGUAAUUUAGAGAAGUAUUUAUCGCAAGUCAAACUCACGUUACCGACAUCUUCCCAAGGUGGAGACGACUAUUUGUUCGGAAAUAUUCAAACCAAGUAUGGCUCUCAGUCCAUCCGCCCAGGCUCCAAACUGUCUCAUACAAGAUGUGGAGAAGUUUUAUUGAAGAAGAUUGCAGACGUAGGCUUAGACCCUAAAUCUUUCUCUUGGCACAGCUUCAGAAGUGGCGGUGCAUCUGCCGCCGCUAAUGGUGGUAUCUCUGAUAGAAUGUUUAAGCGCCACGGUAGAUGGUGUUCGGAAAACGCUAAAGAUGGUUACGUUGCAGAUUCGCUGGAGAGCCGAUUAGCGGUCUCUAUGUCCCUUGGACUGUAA